UGAAGAUGGAAGUUUCAAAAUCAACAGAUGAAGGCCUAAUGCCCAAAACGUCAACUCUCCUGUUCCUCGGAUGCUGCCUGACCUGCUGUGCUUUUCCAGCGCCGCACUAACUGACUCUGACUCUCCAGCGUCUGCAGUCCUUACUUUGACGUCCAUGUCUGACAGUCAUUCAAUCCAUCGGGACCGCAACAGUUUUCAACUAUGAUUCUGUGAGAAGGAGCAAAGCUUUUUGGUUCCUGUUUGGGUACGUUUUCAGCAUCAGUGGGACUGGAUGAGAGACCCUACCGUUGCAGUGCACUGAGUGAGGAGCGUGUAACAGCUAUACGGUUUGGAAAGAGGAAUUCACGGUGGAGAGAAGCCCCACAUGCGUUUGUGUGGGGCUGAAGCUUCGGCCAUGGAGAAACCCGAGGAAUCCCACCCUGUGGAGAAACCAUGGAAGUGUGGCGACUGUGGGAAAGGCUUGUUUCCCGUCUGCCCUGGGGACCCAUUGGCGCAGUCACACUGGGGAGAGGCCGUUCCCCUGCCCUGACUGUGGGAAGGGCUUCAGCAAUUCCUCCAACCUCCAGACCCACCAGUGGAUCCACAUGGGGGAGAGGCCCUUAAGCUGCCCCGAGUGCGGGAAGGCCUUUACCCAAGCCGCCUCCUUGCUGACCUCCCAGCGGAUCACUUGGCAUUGCAGGGGGAUUGAAAGAAAGACGGCCGAGUGUCUUUACCAACUGGACUAUCAACCCAGUUCCAGUGGCUCCCGAGUUCGAUUCCCACCGCGACAGAUGGUGGAAUUGGAAUUUGGUCAGAAGUCUGGAGUUCAGAAUCUAAUGGUGAAACCAUUGUCGGUGGGGUGGGGGCGGAAGAAAACCCCCAUCUGAUUCACUCAGUUCUUUUUUAGAGAAGACUUGAGUGGGUAUUAGAGCAGUCGUCCCAGCUGCAUCAUUUACACGGUCUGGCCUACACGUGACUCCAGACCCACAGUAGUCUGGUUGACUCUACGCUGCUCAUCCAACUUACUUGGAUACAGGUUGAAAUUGCUGAGUGAGGCAAUACUUCCUCCAGGUUAAGGAUAUACCAAGGAUCCAAUUACAAAGGGACAACUCAGUGGUGACCAAUAAUGAAGAAAGUGAGGGGUUGCACUUUGACCUUGAGCUGUUUUUAAAAAAUUGCUACUUUUUCUACGCCUUUCUGCUGGGAGAUUCUGAAGCUGUAACAAAGUUGGGUCACAAUAAAGAUUACCUGAACUUCACACUGAGCUCAGACUCUCAAUGACAGCUUUAAACUGCAACAGGCUUUUGGUUUAAAACUGCUGAUUUCUUACAGGAGAAAGUGAGAACUGCAGAUGCUGGAGAUCAGGGUCAAGAUUAGAGUGAUGCUGGCAAAGCACUGCAGGUCAGGCAGCGUCCGAGGAGCAGGAAAAUCGACAUUUCGGGUUUAUUCCAGACUGCAACGUCCUUACUCUGUCAACCAUCUGUGAAUAAGUGUUUGUGGCAGUCCUUGCAAACCCCGGAACCCUAUCCAGGACAAGCAUCUAAAUAGGAAGCAGGAGGCAACAGCUUCGCUUCACUUGGAAGUCACCACUGAUGAUGUUACCUAGCCAGAGCACAGUAGCGUCUCGACAUACGAACAAACCCGUUCAUGUACAAAUCGGUUUACGAACAGGAGCGUACGUAAAAUUUUGCUUCAACGUACGUACGAAAUUCAAGGUAUGAACACAAAAGCUCUCGGGCCCCGCGUGAUCUCAUUCAGUUCAUCUUUGGCGUGUGCGCUGUGAACAGCCAUCCAACCAUUCUUACGCUAUCCGAACAAUGGGAAAAGUUAAUUCAGUUCGCGAACUCUUCGGAUUAAGUUCAUAAGUCGAGGCGCUACUGUAUUUGAAAAUCUGAAGGCGGAAGUUUCAACAUCAACAGAUGAAGGGCUUAAGCCCGAAACGUUGACUCUCCUACUUCUCGGAUGCAGCCUCACCUGCUGUGCUUUUCCAGCGCCACACUUUUCAAUACUGACUCUCCAGUGUCUGCAGUCCUCACUUUGACGUCAAUGUCUGACAGUCACUCAAUCCAUCGGGACCGCAACGGUUUUCAUCUAUGAUUCUGUGAGAAGGAGCAAAGCUUUUUGGUUCCUGUCUAAGUACGUUUUCAGCAUCAGCGGGACUGGAUGAGAGACCCGACCAUUGCAGUGCACUGAGUGUGGAGCCUAAAAUAACUAUACAGCCUGGAAAGAGGAAUUCACAGCAGGGAGUGGCUCCACACUUCGGCCAUGGAGAAACGCGAGGAAUCCCACCUCUUGGAGAAACCAUGGAAGUGUGGUGACUGCGGGAAAGGCUUCCGUUUUCCAUCUUCCCUGGAGAUUCAUCGGCGUAGUCACACCGGGCAGAGGCCAUUCACCUGCCCAGUCUGUGGGGAGGCCUUCAGAUAUUCCUCCACCCUGCUGACCCACCAGCGGAUCCACACGCGGGAGACGCCCUACAGCUGCCCCGAGUGCGGGAAGGCCUUUAUCCAGGUCUCUGGACUGCUAAACCACCAGUGUGUCCACACAGGGGAGAGGCCGUUCAGGUGCCCAGACGCAAGGAAGGCCUUCAGCAAUUCCUCCUCUCUGCUGAGGCACCAGCGGAUCCACACGGGGGAGAGGCCCUUCAGCUGCCCCGAGUGCAGGAAGGCCUUCAGCAAUUCCUCUGCCCUGCUGAGCCACCAGCGGGUCCAGACGGGGGAGAGGCCCUUCAGCUGCCCCGAGUGCAGGAAGGCCUUCAGCAAUUCCUCUGCCCUGCUGAGCCACCAGCGGAUCCACACGGGGGAGAGGCCAUUCAGCUGCCCCGAGUGCAGGAAGGCCUUCAGCAAUUCCUCUGCCCUGCUGAGCCACCAGCGGGUCCACACAGGGGAGAGGCCCUUCAGCUGCCCCGAGUGCAGGAAGGCCUUCAGCAAUUCCUCCGCCCUGCUGAACCACCAGCGGGUCCACACAGGAGAGAGGCCCUUCAGCUGCCCCGAGUGCAGGAAGGCCUUCAGCAAUUCCUCCGCCCUGCUGACUCACCGGAGGGUCCACACGGGGGAGAGGCCCUUCAGCUGUCCUGAGUGCGGGAAGGCCUUUACCCGCUCCUCCCACCUGCUGAGGCACCAGCGGGUCCACACGGGGGAAGAGGCCCUUCAGCUGCCCGCCGGCCGCCUGAGGAUGUUAAGCACCAUGCAGUUGCCGACAAAUACAAAGCUGGGAACAGAGUUCUCCGUUAAUAUUACCUACAAAGUGUGGUCCAUUGUCCGAGCUAAUGCACGCAGACCAGACACUUUCAACGUGGAGUCGCUUGAGCGAUGGCGUGAGCUGCCAGAGGAAGUGGUGGGUGCUGCUGAAGCUGUGGCCAUGGAGAAACCCGAGGAAUCCCGCCCCGUGGAGAAACCGUGGAAGUGUGGUGACUGUGGGAAAGGCUUCCGCGUCCCGUCUGCCCUGGAGACUCAUCGGCGCAGUCACACCGGGGAGAGGCCAUUCCCCUGCACCGACCGCGGGAAGGCCUUCAGACAUUCCUCCCACCUGCUGGCCCACCAGCGGGGCCACACAGGGGAAAGGCCCUUCAGCUGCCCAGAGUGUGGGAAGGCCUUCAGCACUUCCUCCACCCUGCUGAGCCACCAGCAUGUCCACACGGGAGAGAGGCCGUUCAGCUGCCCUGAGUGUGGGAAGGCCUUCAGGUAUUCCUCCACCUUGCGGACCCACCGGCGUUUCCACGCGGGGGAAAGGCCCUUCAGCUGCCCUGAGUGUGGGAAGGCCUUCAGGUAUUCCUCCAUCUUGUGGACCCACCGGCGUUUCCACACGGGGGAGAGGCCCUUCAGCUGCCCCGAGUGUGGGAAGGCCUUUACCCGCGUCUCUGCCUUGCGGAGCCACCGGCGUGUCCACACCGGGGAGAGGUCCUUUAGCUGCCCCGAAUGCAGGAAGGCCUUUACCGACAUCUCCUCCCAGAUGAAGCAUCAGCGGAUCCACACGGGGGAGAUGCCCUUUACCUGCUCUCAGUGCGGGAAGGCCUUCAGCACAUCCUCCCACCUGCUGACCCACCUGCAUGUCCACACAGGGGAGAGACCGUACACCUGCCCUCACUGCGGGAAGGGCUUCAGGUAUUCCUCCGGCCUGCUGACCCACCAGCGGGUCCACACAGGGGAGAGACCGUACACCUGCUCUCAGUGCGGGAAGGGCUUCACCUACUCCUCCCACCUGCGGAGACACCAGCGGAUCCACACGGGGGAGAAGCCCAUCAGCUGCCCAGAGUGCGGGAAGGCCUUGACCGACAUCUCCUCCCUGAUGAAGCAUCUGCGGAUCCAUACCGGGGAGAGACCGUACACCUGCCCUCAGUGUGGGAAGGGCUUCAGCACAUCUUCCUCCCUGCUGAGGCACCAGCGGAUCCACACAGGGGAGAGACCGUACACCUGCCCUCACUGCGGGAAGGGCUUCACCUGCUCCUCCAACCUGCGGAGACACCAGCGAGUUCACGUGCCAUUGCAGGGGGAGUGAAGGAGUGACGGCCGAGUCCCAUUAUCGACCGGACUAUCCACCCGGUUCCGGGGACUCCCGGGUUCGAAUCCCGCCACGACAGAUGGCAGAAUUGGUAUUCGGUCAGAAAUGUGGAGUUCGGAAUCUAACGAUGAGACCGUUUCAGGGAGGGGGUGGUGUGGGGGAGAAAGCCCCCAUCUGAUUCACUCUCUCCCUUGUUAGGGAAGGGAACGGCCAUUGUGGGAAAGGAUUCACUCGGUCGUUCCAGCUGCAUCCUUUACCCGGUCUGGCCUACACGUGACUCCAGACCCACAGCAGUCUGGUUGACUCUACACUGCCCUCCCCCCACUGGCAAAGGAGCGGGGAGAAACUUACUUGGAGACAGGGUAUGGGUUGAAAUUGCUGAGUGAGGCAAUACUUCCUCCGGGUUACGGCUGUACCAAGGAUCCAAUU